AUGCGUUGUCCGCCAUCAGUAUCUGUCUCGGAAUUGCGUGAAGCCUGUGAUUACUUAUUAAUACCGUUCAAUGCCCAAACAAUACAGUGCCACAACCUUCGUUCUUUUCUGCAUGAAUUGAGCAACGAAGGUGCACGACAGCAGUUUACUGCGUUCCUGGAAGAAAUCAUCCUUCCACAAAUGAUUCUUAGCACUGAGCAUGGAGAACGUGAGUGCCACAUAGUAGUACUUCUGGAUGAUGAUGUAGUCGACUGGGACGAAGUUUAUCCACCGCAAAUGGGCGAGGAUUUAACGCAAGUUGUUUAUAGCACGCAUUUAUAUCGUUUCUUUAAAUAUGCCGAAAAUCGUGAUGUCGCAAAGCAAGUUUUGAAAGAGCGUGGGCUGAAGAAGAUCCGUCUUGGCAUGGAAGGAUAUCCCACGCACAAAGAGAAAGUAAAGCGGCGUCUGAAUAAAGCUGAAGUUAUUUAUAACUACGUCCAACGUCCGUUUGUUCACUGCUCAUGGGAGAAAGAAGAAGCGCGUUCACGUCAUGUUGAUUUUGCGUGUCCUAUCGUGAAAAGCAAAUCAAAUCCAAGUUUGGCUAGCGCUGCAAGCGAUCCUUUACCACAGCUGGAUAUGGCAGCCGCGGCAUCGGCGUCGAAUUCCAUCGCUGGAGGUGGUGGAAAUGGCCCAUAUAAUUUACCGCUGGUUCAUCUUUCGAUGCUUCGCGGCGCUGGCGCAGCACAUUUUGCACAGCUGUUAGCUAGCCAGGUGAAGGCAAUGCGUUACCUAAGUGCAUUUUCGCGUAAAUCCGUAGAUAUCUGGCGAAAUUGUGUGUGCUUUUUGUGUUCAUACGGAUGA